GAUGCAGAGGGCUAUAAUGGUCUAUAUGUAAUAAAGGCAGCAGGAGGAAAGGCAUGCCUUUACAUAAUGCCAAUUCAACAGAGAUUAGACACCUCCCCAUUACCUAUGACGGCGAAAGAAUUUGAGAAAAUGCCUAAAGCCAAAUGCAUCAACUGUCAGGUUUAUGUGCCUGUCCAACUGCUAGCACUUCACAUUGACAAAUGUGAGCAAAAUAGCUCCACAGAAUGUAAGGUACUCUCUGAUGAUGAGUCCAGUUUGGACGAAUCAGAUGAAUUGGACAGCUCCAUAAAUGAAUCCUCAAAUGAGCCCCCAACAGUCGCUAAGCCUCAGGUGGAUGUGACGGCAUCCUUAAAUGAGACUCCAUCAGCAUCCUCAUCUCUGGUGGAUGUUAAGGUUGCUUGUCCAGUUUGCUCAGAAUGGUAUCCUAAAGAGUAUGUUGAAAUACAUGCAAGCUGUUGUGGUGAAAGCCUUGUUGGGGAAUUUGAAAAGGAGACUGAAUGGGAGGGUGCUGACAAAAACAAGGAAAAGACAAGGGAGGAGAAACCAUGUAGAAGCUUAUCCGACAUAAUCACACAGCUUGCUGACAAGGUGGACAGCACAUCUGCAUUUAACAUCAGUGUUACGAGAGGCGAACUGUUUGAGAGGGGCAUGUUACAAUGGAAACGGCAAAAAAAAAUCUUCUCCAAAGAAUACACUUAGUGUUAAUUUCCUAGGAGAGUAUGGGAUUGGCAAUGGAGCUCUCCGAAAAUAAUUCCUAACUGGUAUGUGUUAGUUUGCUUCAGUGUAAGGUACUACUGAAUUUUGUAAUUU